AUGGCUUCGCCGGCGUGGACCGACAAGGUCUUUCGGUUCCGGCGGCUGCCGCAUUAUGUGACCGACGCUGUCGAGGCAGCGAGUUUGAUCAGCACAGCAUUGGGAAUCCCACUCGAUGAUACCAUCAUCCGAUCGCUUGCCACUACUUGCCUGCAAUAUGAUAGCCGCGAACUCCAAGACUGCGAGAUUUCUUUUGCUGAAGCGCCAGGUGGCAGAUUGAUCCUUGAUGCUCAUUUUGAAAACCUGGCGGUUCUCAAUGGUGUGGACCGGGAACUCCAUCACACUGACCAGUCUUUUCAAACUAUCAGCGACAUUUCCCUUGGGCUUAUCCACCAGCUGAAUACUGGAGGCUGGAACCUUAAAACAUCCAAGCAUAUUACCUCCGCGGCCCACAGCCUCGGUGGUCUUGUUCUUAAAGACGUUAUCGUCCAGAUAUCCGACCGCGAGGUCGUAGCCUCUAUGCUUGAUAGGGUUAGGGGAGCGAUCAUGUUCGGCGUGCCUAGUUUGGGAAUGUACCAGUCUCACCUGAUCGCGAUGACCCAAGGGCGGUCUAAUGAGAUGCUGGUUCAGGAUCUUUCACGAGAGAAUGGCAAUGCAUACCUACGCCAACUUAAUACUCGCUUUGAUGGAUUGCCAUUUAUUAAAAAGCCCCAAAUUUAUUGGGCUUAUGAGACCAAGGAGCCCCCUUAUAAGGGGGUAUAA